CAUCAUCUUUGUCGUCUCCAUCAUCUCUUUCAUCUCCUUCGAUAUCGCCACUUCUCUUUGUAUCUCAUCAAGCCUCAUCCGUGUCUUAAAAUCAACUCCUGGUUCUCUCUAAAUCUCAUCAUUGAGCCUUGAAUCGCUUUCGCCACCACGCCGACAUGUGCCGCUUCAUCGUGUACAAGGGCGCCGAGCCGAUCCAAGUCUCGCAUCUGGUUACGCGCCCCCGGCACAGCAUCACCAACCAGGCAUUUGAGAGCAAGCUGCGCUUCCCUUCUUCCCGGCCCAUGAACGCGGAUGGCUUUGGGAUCGGGUGGUACGACCCCAUCCUUGCGGAGGUGCCCGUGCACAGCGAUAGCGCGCCUGCAGUAACGCCGGCGUCAGUGUCACCGCCCCCGGCUGUUCCGGGCCCUUCUCUCCCUUCCAUGCUGCGGACUGGUACGCCUGCUCCCGCCUCCCCGCUUGUCCCGAUAGACGGUGCCGUAAUUCCGCCAGAAAGCGAAACGGAGGAGAUUGCAGAGGAGUCUACACGGGCGCGUGAAGUUGCAAAGCUGCGCGAGGAGGAGCGGGAGCACGAAAUCGAGAAGCCGUGCAUAUUCAAGAGUAUCUCUCCGGCGUGGAGUAAUGCCAACCUCACUCGUCUAGCGGAGAAGCUGCGGAGCCAUCUCGUGUUCGCCCACGUACGCGCGUCCACUAUGGCUGGCGCGCCAAGUGAGGACAACUGCCACCCGUGGAUUUUUGACAGGUUGAUGUGGAUGCACAACGGCGAGAUUAGCGAUUUCCCAAAGAUUAAGCGCGCACUGCAGGCCAGUCUGCCUGAGGAGCUCUUCCUCUAUCCCUCAGGCUACACCGACUCGGAGUGGGCCUUCAUGGUGUUCCUUUCAAUGCUCAAGGACCCGCACGCGCGCAGUUUUACGCAUGUGGAGCUCCGCGAGGCAAUGAUGAAGACGAUUCAGUUUAUCAACAAGCUCUGCAAGGACGCAGGUGUCUCGGGGCCAAGCCUUAUGAACUACGUCGUAACGGACGGACACACGGUCGUGGCGACGCGUUACAUCAGCAGCCGGACGCAGGAGGCAUCGUCCCUCUUCUUCUCGAGCGGAACCAGCUUUGACGAGUACGAGCCCAACGCGGGCUUGUAUCGCAUGACCAAGGCGGACAAGCGCGAGCGCAUCAUCAUGAUCGCGAGCGAGCCGCUCACGUUCGAGCGAGCCGACUGGGUCGAGGUCAAGACCAACAUGAUGAUUGUCAUCACGCCAAAGAUGAACCUCCUCCAGAUCCCCAUCAUUGACGAAUACUGGGUCGCACCGCAGGACCCGGCGAGCCACGCUCGCUCACCCGAUCUCGCAAUCCAGCUCGGCUUCGGGCACGGCUUCGCAUACCACAACGUGGCAGCGACAGCCUAGUUAUCACACCUAUCAUCUUUCUCUGUACCACUUGUCCAUCUGUAUGCAUGUUCCUACUACCCCA